AUGGAUGGAUUACUGCGCAGUCUGGCAGUGGUCUUUCUCUUGUGCGUCUGUAAAACACAACAACAUGGCCUCCAAGAAACACUUGUAAAAGAAGGAGCGGAGCUGACCUCUUGUGACUUUAACCGGGACAGCUCCCCGUUCUGCCUCUUCACCCAGGACACCUCUGACACUGGGGAAUGGAUCCGACAAACAGGAGAGACCCCGACCCAAGGGACAGGACCCAGUGGGGACUACCCAGACGGAAAGGGAUAUUACAUCUACCAAGAAUGUAGCAACGCGGUGAACGGAGGAAAAGUCCGUCUUCUGAGCCCUGCCCUGAUGCCGGCCUCUGCCCAGUUCUGUGUACAGUUCAGGUACUACAUGUACGGAGUGGACAAUGCCAACGUGCUGAGAGUCCUGUCCAAGAGCUCCAGUGGUGAAGCAGAGGUCUGGAAGAAGACAGGCCUCCAGAGUCCGUCCUGGCUCUUGGGAUCCGUCACUGUGGCCAAACCCUCUGCGGGCAGUGUCAAUGUGGUGUUUGAAGCUCAGAGAGGAGUUACAGAGUUCUGCGACAGUGCCGUGGAUGACAUUGUGAUCUCAGUCGGCGCGUGUCCUUCCUGCCUCACCGGCUGUGAUUUUGAUCUUCCGGAUGAUCUUUGUUCCUGGGAUGUCGAGGCUGAUGGGGACCUGUUUGGAUUCGGACAGUGGAUUGGACCAACUAACACUCCGGGAACCGGCCCUAAUGAUGACUUCUCUAAACCAGGAUUGGGCGAAUACAUGCUGAUGGAUUCUACUGAAGCUAGUCCUGGACUCCGAUCCCGACUUCUGAGCCCAGUCCUCACCCCAACCACUGGGUGUCUGGAGCUGUCCUUCCACUACUAUCUGUACGGCACCAGCAACACCAUGCAGAUCUCUGUCCACGCCAAACCCUCAGGGGGAGCACUGGGACCUGCACUCUUCACUAAGACUGGGAAUCAGGGCGAGGCUUGGAGACCAGCAGCAGCUCAGUACAUCGGAUCUGCUCCUUUUCAGUUUGUGAUUAUGGGAACGUUUGGAGAAACUGACAAAACUGAUAUUGCCGUGGAUGCUGUGUGCGUCCUCAGCUGCAAACCCCCUCAAACAACUCCAGUACCACCAGUGACAACUGCAAAGCCACCAACACCUGGUCCUUCUACACCUAACCACUCACCUGGUCCUUCUACACCCAAACCAUCACCUGGUCCUUCUACUCCCAAACCCUCAGCUGGUCCUUCUACACCUAACCCCUCACCUGGUCCUUCUACACCCAAACCAACACCUGGUCCUUCUACACCUAAACCCUCACCUGGUCCUUCUACACCCAAACCAACACCUGGUCCUUCUACACCUAAACCAACACCUGGUCCUUCUACACCUAACCCCUCACCUGGUCCUUCUACACCCAAACCAACACCUGGUCCUUCUACACCUAAACCAUCACCUGGUCCUUCUACACCUAAACCAUCACCUGGUCCUUCUACACCUAACCCCUCACCUGGUCCUUCUACUCCCAAACCCUCACCUGGUCCUUCUACACCUAACCCCUCACCUGGUCCUUCUACUCCCAAACCAUCACCUGGUCCUUCUACACCUAAACCAUCACCUGGUCCUUCUACUCCCAAACCCUCACCUGGUCCUUCUACACCCAAACCCUCACCUGAUCCUUCUACUCCGAAACCCUCACCUGGUCCUUCUACUCCCAAACCCUCACCUGGUCCUUCUACUCCCAAACCAUCACCUGGUCCUUCUACACCCAAACCAUCACCUGGUCCUUCUACACCCAAACCAUCACCUGGUCCUUCUACACCCAAACCCUCACCUGGUCCUUCUACACCAAGACCCACCUUGCCAACGACACCCAAACCCACCACACCUCCGAUCAUCUGUCCUCCUGAUUCUGAGUACAUCGACUGUGGUCCAGCUUGUAUCCCCAGCUGUCAGGAACCUUCCACCAAUUGCUCGGGCUCCUGCAUCAGCGGCUGCUUCUGCAAACCUGGAUAUGUCUUCAAGGGCCGGAGGUGUGUGCCCCUGGACAAGUGCGGCUGUCUGGACCACGACAACAACUACUAUGAGCCUGGUGAGGUGGUGUUUGGAGACGGCUGCUCCCAGCUCUGUCGCUGUGUUGGGAACUACACUCUGGAAUGUGUGGAUAACUCCUGCGAUCCAACUGAGGAGUGUCGGGAGGUCAGCGGCGUGCCAGGAUGUUAUCCGAAAGAUUCUUCGACCUGCGUCGCUUCUGGAGACCCGCACUACACCACCUUCGACAAACGCAAGUUCAACUUCAUGGGGAACUGCACCUACCUGAUGUCUGCUCCGUGUAACGAGUCCAGUCCUUGGUUCGAGGUCCACGCCGACAACGAGAACCGCUGGAACUCUCCCUCCAUCUCCUACGUGAAGGCCGUGCACACCUACGUCCAUGGGAUGAAGAUCUCCAUCCUGAAGGGAGGAACUGUGCAGAUCAAUAAUACCAAUGUGAACGUUCCCGUGAGCCCUGCCCCCGGUGUGUCGGUGUUCAAGUCGGGGAAGUAUUUCACCGUGUCGCUGAACUUCGGGGUCACGGUGCGCUACGACGGCAACCACUACAUGGACGUCAAGGUCAUCAAAGACUUCAAGUCUAAACUGUGUGGUUUGUGCGGAGACUAUGACGGAGACGCUAAGGACGACUUCAGGAAACCAGACGGAUCUCUGACCAGCAACCCCAACGACUUUGGACACAGCUGGAACAUGGAUCCAUUGUGUAAUGUCAAACCCAACACCACGGUCCCUGGAUGCACAGAGGACGAGCAGGACCAGUACGAGUCGUCUGGAUCCUGUGGGAUGCUGCUCGACAAAAACGGACCUUUCGCCAAAUGCCACGGAAAAGUCAACCCCAAUAACUACUUUAAGGACUGUGUGUUCGACCUGUGUGAGCUGGAUGGAGCCAAACCCGUCCUGUGUGAGGCGAUCGAGUCCUACGCCAACGAGUGCCAGGACCGAGGGGUCCAGAUCGGGGCCUGGAGGAACGACACCUUCUGCCCUCUGAAGUGCCAUCCCAACAGCCACUAUGUCCCGUGUGCUGCCCCCUGUCAGGAGACCUGCUCAGGCCUGCCCUCCUCAGGCUGUGGCGGUCCCUGCACCGAGGGCUGUGUGUGCGACCCGGGAUACGUCCUCAGCGCUGGCAAGUGCGUGAAGAGGAGCUCGUGUGGCUGCAAGCACACCAACGGCCAGUACUACGAGCCUGGAGAUGAAUUCUACGUGGAGGACUGUAAACUGAAGUGCAAGUGUAACCCUCCGUUCGUCAGCUGCAGCGCCACCGACUGCCCCCCUGCUCACGAGUGCAAAGUCCAGGAGGGAGAUCUGGGCUGUUAUCCUACUGGCUCUCAGGACUGCAUCAUCUCUGGAGAUCCUCACUACAACACGUUUGACAAAAAGUUCUUCAGCUUCAUGGGCACCUGCACCUACACCCUGGCCCGCACCUGCAAGAACACCACCGGACACUGGUUCUCUGUUGAGGGGAAGAACGAGGAGCGAGGCGGCCCUGGACUUUCCUAUCUCAGGAAGCUGUAUGUGACUGUGGACGGGGUCACCAUCACCUUGAUGAAGGCCCGCCGCACUCUGGUGAAUGGUCGGCGUGUAUCCCUCCCCCACAGUCUGCCUCCUCAGGUGACCAUCAGUUUGUCCGGUCAGUACGUCACUCUGCAGACACGCUUCGGCCUCGUGGUCCGAUGGGACGGGAACCACUACGCCCAGAUCACUGUGCCCAGCUCCUUCCAGGACCAGAUGUGUGGUCUGUGCGGAGACUAUGAUGGAAACCCCAACAACGACUUUACCAAACCAGACGGAUCCUCAGCCUCCAGCACCAACGACUUCGGCAACAGCUGGCAGACAGCGGAGGACGAGGACCCAGUCUGUACUCCUGGUACAAAGCCUGACCCUGACUGUGACCCGGCUCUGGAGGCUGAGGUGGUCAAACCAGAGAAGUGCGGCAAGAUCAAAGACCCGGCCGGACCCUUCAGGGAGUGUGUGGCAGUUGUUGACCCGACCCCGUUCUUCCAAAGUUGUGUGUACGACAUGUGUCGGUUCAGUGGUCAGCAGAGCGUUCUGUGUGACCAGCUGCAGGCCUACACCCAGGCCUGUCAGAGCGCAGGAGCCAAGGUCCAUCCAUGGAGGGCGCCAGACUUCUGCCCCCUGGCCUGUCCCCCUGACUCGUCCUACUCCCUGUGUGUGGACUCAUGUCCUGAGACCUGCCUGGGAGUGGUGGGACCUGCCGGCUGUGAGGACGUGUGUGUGGAGGGGUGUCAGUGUAACCCCGGCUUCAUCCUCAGUGACGACCGCUGUGUGCCCCUCAAGGACUGCGGCUGUGUUGACCCCAGCGGAGACUACCACCCUGCUGGAGACCGCUGGCUGCUCCCAGGUUGUGAGCAGACCUGCCAGUGUCUCAGUGGAGGAGUGAUCCAGUGUCACAACAGCAGCUGUAAACCUACCACCGAGAUCUGUGAGCUGCAUGAAGGAGAGCACCAGUGCAGACCUCUGGGUCCUUCUACACCCAAACCCUCAGCUGGUCCUUCUACACCAAGACCCACCUUUCCAACGACACCCAAACCCACCACCCCUCCGAUCAUCUGUCCUCCUGAUUCUGAGUACAUCGACUGUGGUCCAGCUUGUAUCCCCAGCUGUCAGGAACCUUCCACCAAUUGCUCGGGCUCCUGCAUCAGCGGCUGCUUCUGCAAACCUGGAUAUGUCUUCAAGGGCCGGAGGUGUGUGCCCCUGGACAAGUGCGGCUGUCUGGACCACGACAACAACUACUAUGAGCCUGGUGAGGUGGUGUUUGGAGACGGCUGCUCCCAGCUCUGUCGCUGUGUUGGGAACUACACUCUGGAAUGUGUGGAUAACUCCUGCGAUCCAACUGAGGAGUGUCGGGAGGUCAGCGGCGUGCCAGGAUGUUAUCCGAAAGAUUCUUCGACCUGCGUCGCUUCUGGAGACCCGCACUACACCACCUUCGACAAACGCAAGUUCAACUUCAUGGGGAACUGCACCUACCUGAUGUCUGCUCCGUGUAACGAGUCCAGUCCUUGGUUCGAGGUCCACGCCGACAACGAGAACCGCUGGAACUCUCCCUCCAUCUCCUACGUGAAGGCCGUGCACACCUACGUCCAUGGGAUGAAGAUCUCCAUCCUGAAGGGAGGAACUGUGCAGAUCAAUAAUACCAAUGUGAACGUUCCCGUGAGCCCUGCCCCCGGUGUGUCGGUGUUCAAGUCGGGGAAGUAUUUCACCGUGUCGCUGAACUUCGGGGUCACGGUGCGCUACGACGGCAACCACUACAUGGACGUCAAGGUCAUCAAAGACUUCAAGUCUAAACUGUGUGGUUUGUGCGGAGACUAUGACGGAGACGCUAAGGACGACUUCAGGAAACCAGACGGAUCUCUGACCAGCAACCCCAACGACUUUGGACACAGCUGGAACAUGGAUCCAUUGUGUAAUGUCAAACCCAACACCACGGUCCCUGGAUGCACAGAGGACGAGCAGGACCAGUACGAGUCGUCUGGAUCCUGUGGGAUGCUGCUCGACAAAAACGGACCUUUCGCCAAAUGCCACGGAAAAGUCAACCCCAAUAACUACUUUAAGGACUGUGUGUUCGACCUGUGUGAGCUGGAUGGAGCCAAACCCGUCCUGUGUGAGGCGAUCGAGUCCUACGCCAACGAGUGCCAGGACCGAGGGGUCCAGAUCGGGGCCUGGAGGAACGACACCUUCUGCCCUCUGAAGUGCCAUCCCAACAGCCACUAUGUCCCGUGUGCUGCCCCCUGUCAGGAGACCUGCUCAGGCCUGCCCUCCUCAGGCUGUGGCGGUCCCUGCACCGAGGGCUGUGUGUGCGACCCGGGAUACGUCCUCAGCGCUGGCAAGUGCGUGAAGAGGAGCUCGUGUGGCUGCAAGCACACCAACGGCCAGUACUACGAGCCUGGAGAUGAAUUCUACGUGGAGGACUGUAAACUGAAGUGCAAGUGUAACCCUCCGUUCGUCAGCUGCAGCGCCACCGACUGCCCCCCUGCUCAUGAGUGCAAAGUCCAGGAGGGAGAUCUGGGCUGUUAUCCUACUGGCUCUCAGGACUGCAUCAUCUCUGGAGAUCCUCACUACAACACGUUUGACAAAAAGUUCUUCAGCUUCAUGGGCACCUGCACCUACACCCUGGCCCGCACCUGCAAGAACACCACCGGACACUGGUUCUCUGUUGAGGGGAAGAACGAGGAGCGAGGCGGCCCUGGACUUUCCUAUCUCAGGAAGCUGUAUGUGACUGUGGACGGGGUCACCAUCACCUUGAUGAAGGCCCGCCGCACUCUGGUGAAUGGUCGGCGUGUAUCCCUCCCCCACAGUCUGCCUCCUCAGGUGACCAUCAGUUUGUCCGGUCAGUACGUCACUCUGCAGACACGCUUCGGCCUCGUGGUCCGAUGGGACGGGAACCACUACGCCCAGAUCACUGUGCCCAGUUCCUUCCAGGACCAGAUGUGUGGUCUGUGCGGAGACUAUGAUGGAAACCCCAACAACGACUUUACCAAACCAGACGGAUCCUCAGCCUCCAGCACCAACGACUUCGGCAACAGCUGGCAGACAGCGGAGGACGAGGACCCAGUCUGUACUCCUGGUACAAAGCCUGACCCUGACUGUGACCCGGCUCUGGAGGCUGAGGUGGUCAAACCAGAGAAGUGCGGCAAGAUCAAAGACCCGGCCGGACCCUUCAGGGAGUGUGUGGCAGUUGUUGACCCGACCCCGUUCUUCCAAAGUUGUGUGUACGACAUGUGUCAGUUCAGUGGUCAGCAGAGCGUUCUGUGUGACCAGCUGCAGGCCUACACCCAGGCCUGUCAGAGCGCAGGAGCCAAGGUCCAUCCAUGGAGGGCGCCAGACUUCUGCCCCCUGGCCUGUCCCCCUGACUCGUCCUACUCCCUGUGUGUGGACUCAUGUCCUGAGACCUGCCUGGGAGUGGUGGGACCUGCCGGCUGUGAGGACGUGUGUGUGGAGGGGUGUCAGUGUAACCCCGGCUUCAUCCUCAGUGACGACCGCUGUGUGCCCCUCAAGGACUGCGGCUGUGUUGACCCCAGCGGAGACUACCACCCUGCUGGAGACCGCUGGCUGCUCCCAGGUUGUGAGCAGACCUGCCAGUGUCUCAGUGGAGGAGUGAUCCAGUGUCACAACAGCAGCUGUAAACCUACCAACGAGAUCUGUGAGCUGCAUGAAGGAGAGCACCAGUGCAGACCUCUGGGGACUGGCAUCUGCUCGGUGUCCGGGGACCCCCACUACACAACCUUCGACAGACGCACACACCACUACAUGGGCGCCUGCUCCUACACACUCUCGCAGCUGUGUAACGCCUCCUCUGACCUGCCUUACUUCAGUGUCUACACACAGAACGAGCACCGCAGCAGCAACCGGAAGAUCUCCUACGUCAGGGCUGUGGGCGUGACCGUCCACAACAUCACUGUGGUGCUGGGGAAGGGCCGCGCCGUACAGAUGAACGGUCGUGCCUCAGUCCCUCCCCUCUCGGUCGCUGAGGUGAACAUCUACCUCAGCGGGAAGUUUGUGGUUCUGGAGACGGCGUUCGGUUUAAGAGUUCGCUUCGAUGGUAACCACCACGCUGAUGUCACCGUGCCAACCUCCUACCAGCACCACCUCUGUGGCAUGUGCGGGAACUUCAACGGAGACUCUAAAGAUGACAACCUGAAACCAGACAACACUCCAGCUGCUAACACCAACGAGCUGGGAGACAGCUGGCAGGUCCCUGACCCACGACCAGACUGCUCUAACGGCGGCGGUCAGGAGGAUUGUGAUGACGACGUCGAGGAGGACGCUAAGAAGCCCACGAGCUGCGGCAUGAUCACAGACCCCAACGGUAUCUUCAAACCCUGUCAUUCCGUGGUUCCUCCCGGUCCGUUCUUUGAGAACUGUGUUUACGACAUGUGUGCCACCGGGGGCCAGACGGUGGCGCUGUGUCAGUCUAUUGAGAGCUACGCCGACAUGUGCGCUGCAGCCGGAGUCCCCAUCGCCUGGAGGAACAACACCUUCUGUCCUCUGAAGUGUCCCCCAGGCAGUCAGUACAGGCCCUGCACCUCAGCCUGUGCUCAGCCCAGCUGUCAGGACCCAGCAGGCCCUGGGGGGUCCUGUGACCUCCCCUGUGUGGAGGGCUGUGUGUGUGAGCCUGGUCUGGUGCUCAGUGGAGACAAGUGUGUGCCUCUGAGCGAGUGUGGCUGCACGGACGAGGACGGGAAGUACAGACCGGUGGGAGGCAGCUGGUUCAGUGAGCUUGACUGCUCUGAGCGCUGUCAAUGUCUGAGCAACAACAACGUGACGUGUGAACCCUGGCAGUGCAGCCCGGCUCAGGAGUGUGGCAUACAGGAGGGGAUCCUGGACUGUCACUCUACUGGUAAAGGCGUGUGCCAUGUGGCUGGAGAUCCUCACUACUACACCUUUGAUGGCGUCAUGCAUACCUUCAUGGGAACCUGCACCUACACCCUGGUGGAGGUCUGUAACUCCACUCAGGUGACUCCGUUUAAGAUUGUGGCUAAGAACGAGGAGCGCGGUCAGCCAGAGGCGUCGUAUGUGCGCUCAGUGAAGGUCUACCUCCCCCACGGGUCAGAGGUGGAACUGCAGAAGAGCCGCCGAGUCCUGCUGAACGGCAGACGCGUCAGGACCCCCCUCACCAUCGCCUCUGCGGGGGCCAAGGUCAUCUCCAGCGGCUCCUACAGUCUCCUGGACACAGACUUUGGACUCCAGGUCCAGUUUGACGGAGUCCACCACCUGCAGAUUACUGUCCCAGGACAAUACUACAACAAGCUCUGUGGUAUGUGUGGGAACUACAACCACGACGCCACAGACGACGACCUGAUGCCCAACAAGAAACCUGCUAAAGAUGUGAUUGAGCUCGGUAACAGCUGGAAGUCUGAGGGGGACAGUGAUCCAGGUUGCCAGCCGGACACUCGCCCUGACAUCCAUCCUAACUGCACGGUGGAGGAGGAGCAGCAGUAUGAGGCUCAGUGCUCUGGGACUCUGCUGUCUGAGCUCUUUAGACCCUGCCACGCUCUGGUGCCCCCGCAGGCCUUCAUCGGUAACUGCAUCUACGACUUGUGCGAGUAUGACGGCAUGCAGCGGACACUGUGCGACAACGUGGAGGCGUACGCUCAGGCGUGUCAGAGCGCCGGGGUCAGCAUCAGCUGGAGGAACAGCACCUUCUGCCCCAAACCGUGCCCUGUGAACAGCCACUUCUCUGCCUGCACGGCGCCCUGCCCCCCCACCUGUUCGGACCUAUUCCCGCUGCUGUGCCACCUGCCCCCGGACACCUGUGUGGAGGGUUGUCAGUGCGACGCCGGCUUUGUGCUCAGCGACAACCAGUGUGUGGCGCUGUCCAAGUGUGGCUGCCUAGACUCAGACCGAGAGUACCACGAGGUUGGAGACUCGUGGCUGACAGACAAGUGCAGUGAGUCAUGCCAUUGUCUGAUGGGAGGAAGCAUCAGCUGUAAAGACUUCAGCUGUGGAACCAACACUCUGUGUGACCUGGACAAGUACGGAGACCUGUACUGCAAGCCCACCAAGUUCGAUAAGUGCAGUGUCUCUGGAGACCCUCACUACCGGACGUUUGACGGCUUCACGCACCACUUCCAGGGCCCCUACACGUACGUCCUGGUGCAGACCCACAACCCGCCCCAGGCCUUGGAGGACCUGAUAAUCCGCGGAAAGAACAUCCGCAGAGGGGGCAACCGUCGGGUCUCCUUCCUGGACCAGGUCUACAUCGACGUCUACAGACUCAACGUGCGCUUCCUGCAGAAGAGGGUGGUCCUGGUGAAUGGGGAGCGUGUGGCUCCGCCCCUCAGCCCAGCGGACGGUGUCACCAUCACCAUGAACUCCAAACAGGUGCAGCUGACCACGGACUUCGGCCUCACCGUCCGCUUCGAUGGCCACAGCCGCGGAGAGGUCAUCCUCCCGAGCUCCUACAAGAACCAUGUGCGCGGCCUCUGUGGGAACUAUGACGGCAUCACACGCAACGAGUACACGCGACCGGACGGUACGACCACAGGGAACCUCAACGUGUUCGGAGAGAGCUGGAGAGUCAGCGACCGGCAAGCUGAGCGACUGAUGAGCUAUGAGAGGGAGCCGAGAGUCCACCAGGUCCACAGACGAGACACCGACUCGGACCCGGACUCGGGCUUCGAGACCUCGGGCUGCAGCGGACCUCAGCUGGAGCUCUACAACAGCAACAGCCAGUGUGGAGCCAUCUCCAAUUCCCUGGGGCCCUUCUCCGAGUGCCACGCCCUGCUGGCCCCCAACACCUACAGGGAUGAUUGUGUGUUCGACCUCUGUGCUGAAGAGGGCAGUAAUGAGCUGCGCUGUGCCAGUUAUGAAGCGUACGCCUCGGCCUGUCAGGAGGCAGGGAGCGCUGUGGGACCCUGGAGGAAGGAUCUGGGCUGCGCCCUGCAGUGUGGUGCAAACAGCUCAUACUCGUCCUGUAUGACUGCGUGUCCUUCCUCCUGCGCUGACCUGGCAGCACCUGCAGAGUGCGACACCUCAGUCUGCUCUGAGGGCUGUAAAUGCUUACCUGGUUUCACCAUGAGCGAGGGACUAUGUGUGCCCUUUCCCCAGUGUGGAUGCACCUUCCUCAACAGAUACUACCCUCUGAAGGAGAGGUUUGUGACAGAGGACUGCUCUGAGUCGUGUGAGUGCACAGAGACAGGAGCAGUGUGUGAAGCUAAGUCCUGUCCCUCAGGACACAUCUGCACCAUCUACAACACCAGACGAGACUGCUACAGAGAGAGUCCGUGUCUGAGUGCCCCGUGUCAGAACGGAGGCUCGUGCACUGAGCUCAGUAACUCCACCUACAGCUGCAUCUGUCCUCCAGGGUUUGUGGGAACUAACUGUGAGGGGGAGGAGCAACCUGAAGUUGCAGACCCUGACCACACGGUCCUGAUUGCGGUGCUGGUGUCUGUGGGUCUGGCUCUCAUCAUCGUCAUCACAACCGUUGUGUGCGUCUGCAAACGCAAGAACAAGAAAAAGGAUCAUGGCAAAAACGUUGCCCCAUAUUCCAACUUGGCUGGGGACACACCCAAAGCGGAGACGCCGAUGUGA